UUCUUCCCCCUCAGCUCCAUAUUUCAACUCCCCCCUUCUUCACCUAAUACUCUCAUAUAUCUUUUCCAUCAAUAAUUCCCAUUUUCAUUUUCAAUUUCAAAACACACACAAAUUUUUAUAUAUGGAGGGUCUGAUUCCGUUUGUGUACAGAGCGAUCAUGGACUACAAGAAUGGGGGAAGGCAAGGGGGCAUGAUGAAUUAUGCUUGUAUGAGCAAUGAAUCUCCUUCAGCUUCCUAUAUGCGGCUCCCCGGCGAUUCCGGCAGGUUCGAGGCGUCCGACAUACAGCUCGGAUUCUCCACGUCGUCGGCGUCGCCGUCAGCCGCCUCCAAGAGGAUGGCUUCCGCCGCCGGAGUGCAGCCGUGCAGCUGGAUUUCAAGCCGCGCUGUGAAGAAGUGAUCUCAACAAUAUUAUAAUAUUAUAUAUAUAUUACUUGCUGUUGCCUGAAGAAAAUUGCAGGGGGCAUGCACGUAAUUUCACAAAAUUUACAGGAACUUGGACGCUUGUAACAAGAAAACUACGGAGUAUAUUACUUUGGGGGAAGAAGAAAACUAUUACUUUGCGUGUGGCAUGCCUGUCUUGGUUUUUUUUUUUUUUUUUUUUUUUUGGUUACUUAUAAAAUUUCUUGUUUUAAUGUUGUUAUUUUGGAGUAGAUAAAGUUUGUGGAUAACCAAAGGGGCCACGCAACGUUCUACUCCAAAGUGUACCAAAUUGUAUAUAUGUUUGCUUGUGUGUUAGUGUUUCUUAAUGAUGUUCCAAAAUAAGUACUUUGUGAUUGAUAUAAUUAUUUAUAAUAAAAUAUAACUUUAUUACUGCCCA